AUGGAGAUAUAUAAAUUUUGUUUUUAUAUAACCAUUUUUUUGUUUGCAUUGUUUCGACCUGUUGAAUCACCUUCAAGUCCUCCACACAAUAGUGGUGAUGCGCAAAUUUCUGAACCUUCUUCCUCAACCACAAUUAAAACUUCUGAAGUUAUUGUUAAACCAAAAAAAUUUGAGCGAUUAAAUCAAAUGUAA